CCUACCAAGGGGGUUCUCUUUCAUUUGUAUUUGGAAGAGUCCCCCAAUUUCAGAGGAGGCUUCUCUGUCCAAUUAUGAAACUUUCCACUGUGCUAGUUCUCUGCUGUGUUUUUUUCUCUUGCAGAGCCAGCCCUGUCCCAACUGAGGAUGCAGGCUGUGAUGACCCUGAUGUCACUGAAGCUGUGGAAAUAGCACUGACAAAAUAUAAUGCAGACAAAAAAGAUGGCAACCAGUUUGCUCUGUACAUGGUGAUGGAAGCAAAGAAAACAGUGGGCCCUGACAAACAGUUCUUUGUGACGUACCAAAUAAGAGAGAGCUCUUGUGCUGUUGGAGAAGAUAAACGCUGGCAAGACUGUGAUUACAGGCCAUGUGCAGAUGCGGAAUCAGGCAAAUGUACGGCUCAAGUUUACGUUGACAAGAGCAAGAAUAUAAGUAACGUUACACAAGAAUGCAGAAUAAUCACAGAACAUGUGUGUCCUGGAUGCUUUCACCCUAUACCGGUAGACGACAAGGAACUAUUACGCAUUGUGAAACAUGCUGUUGGGGUCUUUAACAACCAGAGUAACCACUACUUCCAUUUUGACGUUGGUCAAAUAAUAAAGGCCACCAAGCAGGUGGUGGCUGGACUGAAUUAUGCAUUUGAGUAUGAAAUCAAGGAGACUAAUUGCUCCAAGGAUUAUUUUCCAGAGUUAAGACCUGAGUGCAAACCCAUUCCUGGAGGUCAUAUAGGUCGCUGUGAAGCCAAAGCCUAUGUGAAUCUUAGGAACGCAAUUGCAAAUUUUGCACAGAAAUGCCAGUCAACAGUGAUUCCUCCUCACUCUCCCAUUUGUCUUGGCUGCCCAAUGCCCAUCCCAACUGACAGUAAGGAACUGGAAGAAUCACUGAGUGCUUCCGAGAAGAUGUUUAAUGAAGACAGUAUUGAUGAUUUCUACUAUAAAGCUGAAGGAAUAUCACAUGCCACAGUACAGGUGGUUGCUGGAAGAAAUUAUAAUAUAGCAUUUAAAAUGAGGAAGACAAACUGCUCGAAAACAGAUGUCAAGGAACAGAGUGAAUAUUGUGUAGCUACAACAGACGGUGACACUUUGCUGUGCAGAGCACAUGUUCACGUGAUGCCCUGGACAAACACACUAAGGCCUACAGUUAACUGCGUGAAAGAGAAGGGGGACAAACAUGAUACUGGAUGUGAGCCAGAACAUGGAAAUGGGCACGGACACGACACGGUGUGUGGAGCAGGACACAAGCAGAGACAUGGACUAAAACAACGAAAACGUGUGUUAGUUGGAGCCUUUCAACCUAUACAAGUAGAUGACACGGAACUUUCACAUGUUGUGAGACGUGCUAUUGAGAUCUUUAACAAUCAGAGUAACCACUCUUCUCUUUAUGAAGUGGGUCAAAUAAUAAAGGCUGCCACGCAGGUGGUGGCUGGACGGAAUUAUGCAUUUGAGUAUGAAAUCAAGGAGACUAAUUGCUCCAAGCAUCAUUUUCCUAAGUUAAGACCUGAGUGCAAACCCAUUCCUGGAGGUCAUAUCGGUCGCUGUGGAGCCAAGAUAUAUGUGGAUCUCAGUAACACAAUUGCAAAUGUUGCACAGAAAUGCCAGUUUAUAGUUGAUGAAACUGUACCUCCUCGCAUUACCGUUUGUCGUGGCUGUCCAAAACCCAUCCCAGCUGACAGUGUAGAAUUGGAGGAACCAAAGAGCCAUAGCCACUUACAGCUUGUCAACUGGACUCAAGAAUUCAUCUAUCUUCUGUUGGGACACAGUCUGUUACUGUUCCAAGAUUUUAGUUCUCCAGGUACAGGGUCAUUUAGUUCUUCAGUUCCCAUCCCAGCUGACAGUAAGAACUUGGAGGAACCACUGAACGCUGCUGUGGAGAAGUAUAACGCAGAGUGCAGUGAUGACUUCUAUUAUAAAGUUGAAGCACUAUUACAUGCCACAGUGCAGGUGGUUGCUGGAGAAAAAUUUGAUAUAACAUUUAAAAUGAGGAAGACAAACUGCUCGAAGACAAAUGUCAAAAAAAUGAAUGAAUAUUGUGCGGCUACAAUAGACAGUGACACUUUGCUAUGCAGAGCACAAGUUAUUGUGGUGCCAUGGACAAACACAAUACAGCCUAGGGUCAACUGUAUCAAAAAGAAGAUUAGUUUGCUACGAUUGCCUCCUGGCUUUACUCCUCUCCGAUCUCCAGUUAUGGAAGUAGCUGCUCAAAACACAACCCACAUCAAAACUGAAGAGGGACCUGGAGAAGGAGGGCCAGGAGUAGAUAGUAGGUGUAAAGCAGCCCAUGAACAGGGGGAUGGACAUGAUACUCAGUGUGAGCAUGAACAUGGGCACGGACAUGGACAUGGACAUGGACAUGGACACGGCAAAUAUUGCAUGGUCACUAAAGGAUGUUUAAAAAUUGCUUUGCUCUGGUCUGCUGAAAUCUCUGUUGCAAUGCACUGA